UUAAUUAGUUUGCCACUUUUUUUUUACUGUUUCAUUCACACUGGUAACGAAUAUAUAUAUGAUUAUUUUAAAUGUCCACGAAAAAGUACAAAAAUCAUAGAUAUCUUACGAUAUUAAAUCAGUUUUGUACGUCACAUUAAAGAAAACAAAUUAUUACCUAACGAGCUUAUGUAGCCAAAACGGAAAAAAAUAGAAUCCAAUUCAAAUUUAAACAAAAUACGAACAACGAUUCUAAUCAUUAGACAAACAAUUUUUAAUCGAAAUGGCUUGGACAUAUCACACAUCAAUGCAACAUCAUCGACGGAAAAGACCUAAUAAUCAUUGCAUACGACAACAACAUUCGGAGGAACAACAGCAAUGUCAUCGCCUUUCAAACUUGCAUUGUAUAAAUAAUUUAGUUAUGUUUUUUGUUUUUUGUGCGCUAUUAUUCCAAAAUUUUCCAAUAACAAGGAGUACAGAGAUUAUCAACGGCUAUGAUGAUAGUAAUGCGCAUUGUGUAUGGUAUGGUGUAUGUAAGAAUUCCUCUACCGGACAUAAACUUUAUUGUAGUAACGAAACGGCACCAGUACCACUAGAUAAAAAUGGACAAAGUCUAUUAAAACAAUACUGUCCUCAUUUGGUACACGGUGAAACCGACACAAAAACAUGCUGUGAUGCCGAACAGAUCGAUGUUCUUAAUAAGAAUGUAAAAUUAGCAGCAAAUUUUCUACAAAGAUGUCCAUCGUGUUUUACAAAUUUAGUACGUCAUAUAUGUGAAUUCACAUGUAGUCCAGAGCAAUCGUCUUUUAUGAAAGUUAUUGAAAAGGAAAAGGGAGAAAAUGGCUUCGGUCCAAUCGUAAAGGCAGUCGAUAUUUCAAUAAGUGAUAAAUAUUUAAAUGGAACUUUCCGUUCGUGCUCUCAAGUCAUUGUUCCUUCAACUGGAAAACGGGCAUUGGACAUGAUGUGCGGCGAGUGGGGAGCUUCGCGUUGUAGCCCCCAAAAAUGGUUUGAAUUCAUGGGAGACGCUGAAGGAAAUCCUUACGUUCCAUUUCAAAUAAACUAUAUUACAGAACCAAUCAAUGGUUAUAAACCACUCAAUCCAAUGGUUGUGCCCUGCAAUGAAGCAGUCAAUAACAAGACGUUACCAUGUGCCUGUGUUGAUUGUGAACAAUCUUGCCCGAAACCACCACCAAUACCUCAGCCACCAAAAAAAUUUACAAUUUUUUACAUGGAUGGCUAUAAAGUGUGUAUGGCCGUAUUAUUUGUUGUAUUAUCGACGUUAUUUUUAAUCGGCGUCUGUCUGUAUCCAAGUCAAUCUAUGGAUGCGGUUUUGGUACGCAUUGACUACGGUCAUAAUGAGAUAAAUUCAAAUAUAGAUCAGCGAUUAGGUGGAAAUUCAAAUGGACUACCAUGUCAACCAUGCGAUGCUGAUGCAAUUGACGGUGAAGAUUCACCAUUGCAGUCGAAACGAUCGAGUGGAACAUGGGAAGGUGAACCAGAAAAUAGCCAUCGUGAAAAUAACGGAAUGCAAUGUGAUGAAGUUGACAUCGGAUACUUUGAGCGUUUGGGAGCGCGUACAGAAAUUUUUCUGGAAAAGUUUUUCACAGCGUGGGGGACAUGGUGUGCAAAUAACCAAUAUUUGGUACUGUUUUUAGGAUUUAUUUUCGUCUGUGCCAUGGGACAUGGCAUCAUAUAUUUGAAGAUCACAACCGACCCAGUCGAGCUAUGGGCUGCACCUAACUCGCGUUCACGUAUUGAACGUGAAUUUUUCGAUUCAAAUUUUGAGCCAUUCUAUCGCAUUGAACAGAUAAUUAUCAAAUCAAAUUUACCAAAUUUUACCUAUGAAACAUCUAAUGGUCCGGUCCAAUUCGGACCAGCAUUCAAUAAACAGUUUUUGCUUGAAGUGCUUGAGCUACAGAAUGGCAUAAAGAAACUGGGAGAAGGCACCGAUCACAGCUUGGAGUCGAUUUGUUUUGCACCAUUGAGUUCAGAGUUCACAGGACCAGUUAAAACGAGUGAUUGUGUAGUUCAAUCAAUUUGGGGUUAUUUUCAAGAUGACGUUGAGACGUUCGAAGAAACAGAUGUGGAUUCAAAGGGUUUUAAUAUCACUUAUUUGGAUACGUUGAUAAAAUGUUUUGGAAACUCAUUCGAUCCGGAAUGUUUGGCACAAUAUGGUGGGCCAAUCGAUGCAGCCGUAGCUCUAGGUGGAUUUUUGGAAGAUGGAGAAGCAUUGAGUGAAUCUACAAAUUACAAUAAAGCUGAUGUCGUAAUUUUGACAUUUUUGGUGAAUAAUUAUCACAAUAAAGAGCGACUUUUGCCAGCCAAAAAAUGGGAAGCUCUCUAUGUUGAAUUCAUGAAAGACUGGGUGAAAAAUAACAAGUCAAAACACAUCGAAAUCGCAUUUUCAUCAGAAAGAUCCAUUGAAGAUGAACUAUUACGAGAAUCACAAUCAGAUGUUUUAACGAUUCUCGUCUCAUAUCUCAUUAUGUUCGUCUACAUUGCAAUUUCAUUGGGCCAUGUUGAACUAGAACGAUACAGUCGAAUUUUAAUCGAUAGUAAAAUUACGCUUGGUAUCGGCGGUGUUAUUAUUGUUCUGGCGUCGGUUGUUUGCAGCAUUGGUUUGUUUGGGUUUAUCGGGUUAAGUGCAACUCUCAUCAUCGUUGAAGUGAUUCCAUUUUUGGUGCUUGCUGUUGGUGUAGAUAACAUUUUUAUAUUGGUACAAACGCAUCAGCGUGAUGCAAGAAGACCAAAUGAAACCCAUGCAGAUCAUGUUGGACGAAUUUUAGGCAAAGUCGGCCCAUCGAUGCUAUUGACGAGUGUAAGUGAGAGUUGUUGCUUUUUUCUCGGUGGAUUAUCUGACAUGCCGGCUGUACGUGCUUUUGCGCUUUACGCAGGUGUGGCGCUUAUAAUUGAUUUCAUGUUGCAAAUAACAUGUUUUGUAUCACUGUUGGCUUUGGACACUGUACGUCAAGCAGAGAAUCGAUACGAUAUUUUAUGUUUUAUACGCGGCAAACGCGAUGAUUUGCAUGACAUGAUGCAAGUUAUGGAGGGAGCCUUAUACAAAUUCUUCAAAUUGAUUUAUGUGCCUUUCUUAAUGCAAAAUACCGUUCGUGCAAUUGUAAUGGUUGUAUUCUUCGGAUGGUUUUGUUCAAGCAUAGCGGUUGCUCCACACAUUGACGUCGGGCUCGAUCAAGAGCUGAGCAUGCCAGAGGAUAGUUUCGUACUCAGAUACUUCCAAUUCAUUAAGAAGUACUUAAGCAUUGGACCGCCCGUGUAUUUCGUAGCGACCGGUCUCAACUUUACAAAUACAAAAGAACAAAAUCUCAUUUGUGGUGGACAAUACUGCAACGCUGAUAGUUUAUCCACGCAAAUUUUCAUCGCAAGUAAAACACCAAAUUACACGUAUAUUGCACGUCCGGCAUCUUCGUGGCUAGAUGACUAUUUUGACUGGACUGCCUCGUCAUCGUGUUGCAAAUAUUUUCCAAACAAUGCAAGUUUUUGUCCACAUUCAGAUGUGGACUGCCUAUCAUGUAAAAUUAUGCUAGAACCGAAUCAACGACCCAACUCCACAGCAUUUGAGCAUUUUUUACCGUUUUUCUUGCAAGACAAUCCGGAUGAAGAAUGUGCAAAAGGUGGACAUGCUGCCUAUUCAAAUGCCGUCAAUUAUCGUCAAUCGAAAGCCAAUCAUACCGAUGUUAAAGCAUCAUAUUUCAUGUCGUACCACACAAUUUUGAAAACUUCAUCGGAUUAUUAUGAGUCCCUUCGUGCAGCGCGUAAUGUAUCGUAUAACAUAACACAGAUGAUCAGAGCAAAUUUACGAUUGAGCGGCGUUGCAGAGAGUGAAAUUGAAAAGGUGAAUGUAUUUCCAUACUCUGUUUUUUACGUUUUCUAUGAACAAUAUCUAACAAUGUGGCCAGAUACGAUCCAAAGUAUGGGCUACUCAGUGUUGGCAAUUUUCAUUGUAACAUUCAUUCUGAUGGGAUUUGAUAUACAUUCAUCAAUUGUAGUUAUUAUCACAAUAACGAUGAUUGUAGUGAAUCUUGGUGGCCUGAUGUACUUCUGGGACAUUUCAUUGAAUGCAGUGUCACUGGUAAAUUUAGUUAUGGCCGUUGGUAUCUCCGUCGAAUUUUGUUCACAUUUAGUUCAUUCGUUUGGAGUAUCAAUGGAAGACACACGAAUACGUCGUGCGGCCGAUUCUUUAACGAAGAUGGGCAGCUCCAUUUUUUCUGGUAUCACAUUAACGAAAUUUGCUGGUAUCCUGGUUCUUGGGCUUGCAAAAAGUCAAAUAUUCAGAGUAUUCUAUUUCAAAAUGUACUUGGGAAUCGUACUAUUUGGCGCUGCACAUGGCUUAGUAUUCCUGCCCGUACUUCUCAGCUUUAUUGGCGUGAUGCGAACCAAACGACGUAAUACUUACGUCGUCAACCAUCCCCUCAACAUCGACAUUUCAUCAAAUGCAAGCGUUUCAAAUUCGCUUGCACAAUCUAAUGCCACAAACAAUUAUUUGUCAUCGACGACUCCCAUCUCGUCAUCAUCGGUCUCAGAGCGACCCCACGGAUCUCUAAAUUCAGAAUCGGACAAUCAUCAAUCAAAUAAACUUGAGUUACCACAUCAAAUGCAACAUUCUCGAUAUUCCAUCGAUUUGCCGUCAACAACCGAAUCAUCGACUACUGACUUAGUAACCAAUACGUGAAAAUGUAAAUAAGUUUAAGAUAUAAAUAGCCAUAAACUCGAGUGCAUCGUUUCGCGACUUCCUCAAUGCAGUUCUAUUUGUGUAAUUGUGUUGUACUUGUCUCGUUUGAUAGUAGAGCGGAUAUCAUACAGAGAAAAAUAUCCUAAUAGUGAAAUAAUAAUACUUACCUCCAAAUAAAUAAAUUGAAUGAUUUUGCAAGCAUUGAUAAUGCAAACUCUCUAUUUUCUUCGUGAUAGUGGAUAAAAAAAAUUGGCUUUGUGCAAUUUUGGCAAGCAGGAAGUUUUUCUGUGUAUAAAUUCGUUGAGAGCGCAAGUGCACUUGUCUAUGAAGGUUAAUCGAAAGCUAUUUAUAAAUAAAUCAUAUGGAAAUUAAUGUCAAAAAUUUGUAAUUGGCUAAUGAAUAUAAAAACGGCGUCGAAUUGACAUCGAAAACAAAUUAAUAUAUAAAAGGAAAAAAACAACAACAACUAAUUGCUCGUUACCAUCACUCAUUGAAAUGCCUUAUAUUUCGUAAUCAAUCUUGAUCACAUUAGUCCAUUUCAUUUUCAACUGUUUUUAAAUUAAACAUGUUAAUUUAUAUUUAAAAUAUCGAUUCACAAUUAGAAGAAAAACACUUCUGAUUCUGUCACAAUUUUAAUCACUUUUUUUUUCUUCGAUCACAACUGCAACUAUACCAGAGAGCGAUUCAGUUAUUAUCGUUGAUAUAAUAAUUUCAUAAAUUCAACAUAUUCAACGAUUUUAUUGAUAUUAAUUACAUUUUUCGAACAUGAUUUGACGUGUGAAAUACACACUAUCUUGGAAUACGGAAUAUUUAUAUGAAUUCGCAAAAAAUAAACUAAUAACUGAAUUUAUUAUGUAAUAAAAACAGAGUAGACAACAAAAUACACACACAAUAACAACGGAGUGCCUUUAACUUGCUUAUUAUUCUUAGAACAUUAACAUUUAUGUUAAUGUUAAUUUUAAUGAACUGAGUAGAAAGUUUAAUUGCGAAUUUAAUUUAUAUAAAAAUUAGUGGCAAAAUUCUGCUUAAUAAUGUUCAAUGGGAGUUUUGGUGAAAUAAUAACAUCAUAAAAAUAAUUCUGCUAUGCUAUCUUUUGAAGUCGUGAAAUGGAAUUCUUUUGUGAAUACGAUUAGUUGUUGUUGACAUAUGAUAUAAAUUGCUUUUUUUUCUAAACUAUAUAAAAAGUAGAUAUGCAUUUUUGGUUAUGGAAUAUAACACAGGAUCAAGUUGGCAGUGGAACAAAUGUAUAGCUAGAUACACGUUUUCGAUUUAAUGGCUUAUUAAUUAGUUUGGCAAUUAUUUCAAAUGUGAAUUCGAAGGAUUCACAUUAAGUAUGUAUUAUUAUAAAUUGAAUUUAUUUUGUGCAUUCCACAUUUAAAACAUUCUUCUUCGGAACUGAUAUGAUCGUUAUUUCAAAUGUUCAAGACUAUUUGAAAUAUCGAUGCGAAACGUAAAACGAAUUUCAACAAAACUAAGUUUUUUUUUUCGAUUUUGUACAUUUGUUUUGAAUGUUAGUUUGUAUUUAUAGUUGAAUAGAUAAAUUUGCAUCAAAUUUCCGACAUUUUAAUUGAAAUGAAUAUCGCGUGUUUGUUAGCACAAAUUGAUUACAAUUUGAAACACACUAAACUUUACGGUGUGGUUGAUUUUGUAGGUGAUGGAGAUUGCAAUGUGUUUUCCUUUACGUCCAUUAUUAUUUAAGUUCAGUAUUGAUUUUUAGUUGAACCGAAGCGAUCAAAUCAAUGCAAUUUGAAAAGAAUCUAAAUUUUUCGAUCCAUAUGCAACCCAAUGAUAUCAAUAAGUCACAAUUGAAAUAUUAGUAAUAACCUUAUAUAUUUUUUCCGGAUUUUAUUUAUGUUUCGCAUCAAUGGCAAUCAUUACAAGGAAUUUACUGGAAUGUUUGAAAAGAAUUUCUACCAAAAUUUUUAAGUUUUGCCAUCUUUCAUAAAUUCAAUGAUAUCUAUUAAAACAACAACAAUUAGCGUUAGAAAAACAAGUAGCUAUUUAUAAAAUGAAAACCAUAAAAUUAUUCAUAAUAUAAUAUUUGAGGAAAAAUUCGUUAUUUUUUGUGUUAAACCAAAUCAUUUCCUUGAAUAUCUAUAGACACCAUCAAAAAUAAAAAUCAAAGAAUCUAGUUUACGUGCAACAAGUAAGUCAUACGAAAAUACAACAAAUGUCGUGAAAAGAAAGAAAAUAACAAAAUGGUGAUUGAACACAAAUACGUUUUUAAAACAGGAUAAAACUUAAAAACUUAGUAUAAAAUCUAUUUUUCAAAAUUUGCUGAAAAAAAAUAAUUUAUAUAUAGCAGAGAUAACAUGACGAUACAAAAGUCAAUGAAAUAGUUUGCCACAGAUUAUUUUAUUUUUCUGUUCCUCAUUGUAUCAGUAUAUAACUGACUCAAAACAAAAAGAGAAGUAAAUAUGGCUGUUAUACAAAAGAUACAAAAAAAUAUUUAUGGAAUAUGUAUUAUGAAAUGAUUUGUUAGAAAAAAUGAAUAUUUAAGAAAAAAGUGUAAUGUAA